UAAUAGAAGCGGGACUUUUAAAACCUAUCACCGUUUCUUUUAUCAAGAGUUAUCUACCUUGACUAUAACCUUCAAAAUGGCUGCUUCUGUGAGAAUUCUUGGAUGUCGAAGACUAAUAAACUGUUUAUCGUCCAGGUCUUUUAAUACAGAUAGACCUGUACCACUUCAAGUUCCUCCCAAGGAACAAGAUGUAUCAAUCUUGGCUGAGGAAACGGUGGAUGUGUCAUCUUUAAAUGGAGUCCCAGAAGAAGAGGUUAAGACACGUAUGGCUCGUAUUUAUGUUCCUGCUCGUAAUGCCAUGCAAAGUGGUAGCUUUGGCACACGAAGGUGGAUGAUUGAAUUCGACACUCAAGGUAGAUGGGAGAAUCCCCUCAUGGGUUGGUGCUCCACAGCUGAUCCUUUAUCAAACAUGAAACUGGAUUUUGCAAGCCAAGAAGAUGCUGUAGAAUAUUGUGAGAAAAAUGGUUGGAAUUUCUUUGUGGAGCCUAAACAAGUGCGAACUCACAAGAAGAAAUCUUAUGCAGCAAAUUUCUCUUGGGACAAGAGGACUAGAAGAACUUGUAAAUAAAUUAUUGACUGAUUUCCAAAGACAGAAAGCAGGACACCACAUCUUUUAGAUUUACUGCAAUCUGGGUAGUAUCUCAGAGUGUGUGUAUGUGUUUAUAUAUGUGCGUAUAUAUAUACAUAUAUAUAUAUAUAUAUAUAUAUAUAUAUAUAUAUAUAUAUAUAUAUGUGUGUGUGUGUGUGUGGGUAUUGAUAUAUAUGAUCAGGAACUCUUUAGUCUUUAUCAGUGUUUUUUUUCUUUUCUAGUUUUGGAAAUUUCUAAGAAAUAAAUUCUUGUGAAAAUCAAUAAGGAAUU